GGUUAUUCUAAUUUCAAAAGACGGCAAAACCCUCUAAACCCAAAUUCCCCAAAUUGAUCUCUUCCCUUUCUCCUCUCUUUUUAUCCCUUUCGAACAACUGCCUUUUGAGUCGCCGGGCAAUCUCGUAGAGGAAGGACCUCCGUAGCACGGUGGGCCUCUAGGGCGCGUUCCGCCGCCAGGUGGGUUUGCCUUUCUUUCGGAAAAUCAUCAGGUGAAACAAAAAACUGGCCAUGAUUCUGCAUGGAUCCUGCAUGCCCUUUGGGGGUGUUUCGAUGAGUUCAAGGUUGUCUAAGCCUUUUCCAUGUACUUCUGUUUUUGCAUCAAUUCCUCGUUUUUCUAUAACAGAUGCAUUAUAUACCCGGAGUUCUUGGAAGCAAGAUCAGGAUUCAAAGUCCUGGCAAGUUAAAGGUUUGCCUCCCUUGCACCUUUCUGCUGCAUCAACCCCUCUAUUAAGUGGGGAUUUAGGUGGUUUGGCUCUUACAGUACCCUCGUUUCCUAGGCGUAGGAGCUCUUCUUUGGUGCCUCGAGCAUCAAAGGAUGUGCCAUACAGUUUCCGCUAUCCCCCUAUGACUAAGAAGCCUAAAUGGUGGUGGAGGAGUUUAGCAUGUCUCCCUUAUUUAAUGCCUCUCCAUGAAACAUGGAUGUAUGCAGAGACAGCAUAUCAUUUACACCCUUUCUUGGAAGACUUUGAGUUUUUGACGUACCCGUUCCUUGGUGCCAUUGGGAGGUUGCCAAGCUGGUUCUUGAUGGCAUAUUUCUUUGUUGCAUAUCUUGGAGUGGUAAGGAGAAAGGAGUGGCCUCACUUUUUCAGAUUUCAUGUGGUGAUGGGAAUGCUAUUGGAAAUUGCCUUACAGGUGAUUGGGACUGUGAGCCGCUGGAUGCCACUUGCAAUAUACUGGGGUAAGAUUGGUAUGCACUUUUGGACAGCUGUGGCAUUCGCCUACUUAUUUACUGUUUUGGAGUGUAUUCGGUGUGCUCUUGCUGGUAUGUAUGCCGACAUUCCUUUUGCCUGUGAUGCUGCAUACAUCCAAAUUCCAUAUGACUAAGGGUGGAAUGUAGUGAAAAUGUUUUGGAUUCAAAUUUUUGUUGGUUCUUUUGUAUGGAAAACUUGUUGUGGAAGAACAAGGUUCUGAGGAUUGGUUAAACUUUUUAUAACAUGAUUCUUGAGUCGCAUGUUAUUUCA